AUGAUGUAUCGUAGCACACCCCACACAACUACGAGAGUGUCACCUGCAGAGCUACUGUACAGGAGGAAAUAUCGCACCAAACAUCCCCAACUUGGAAAAUCCAUUAGUGAGUCAGAGGUUAAAGAUCGAGAUGCAGAAAGUAAAGAGAAAGGGAAGAUCUAUGCUGAUAAGAAAAGAAAUGCGGUUGAAAGUAAUAUCCAAGCCGGUGAUAAAGUGUUGAUGAAACAGGACAAGAAAAACAAACUUUCAACUUUCUUUAAUCCAGAGCCAUUCAGAGUUCUACAGAAAAACGGGAACAGUGUUUUAGUUGAAGCGGAUACCGGAGUGCAAUAUAAGCGGAACAUUACGCAUCUUAAGAAACUGAUAACACCCGAUGCAGAGGAGAAUGAAGUAAACACUCAAGAGUCGAUAUUGCAGGAGUUUUCGAUAAGUGAACCAAAACGUUUGAAUGGUAGGAGAUUGGGUGAAGAUGAAGGUGGAGGAGUUAGGCAGAGUAGAACAAAGAGACUACCAGAUAAGUUGAUAGAUUAUGUUGUCGAUUGUAGAUAA